AUGGGCACAAACGGGAGGGUUGCUCUGCCUGAACACUGGACAGAGCUCAGCGCCGCCAGGAUCCACAGACAGCAAUGCGCCGACGAGGUGGACACCAUAAAGAAAACAUGUCUGGAAGAGUGCGGAAAACGAAGCGUGGUAGACUGUGAAAAAUGCUUCCCCAAAGUUCUCGACAGAAUGCGCGCCCGUUAUUGCGACGCUGAGGGCAGGGAGUGGUUCUCACAGCGAAGAGCAUUCCUGAACGAGCUGGAUGUUUUGUUCACCGACGUCAAGGACCACAAGAAAAUGGACUUGGAGACCAUUGAGGAUAGCAUCGCAUCAGAAAAGGAGGCGUGGUAUCGCUGGGUGCUGCGCAUGUACCCACGGUUCCUCUCGACAGGAGACAGUGGAGCGGACCCCGACGAGCUGAGAGCAAUGUUGGACGACCCUGUUAAGAGACGGGAAGAACUCAUUGAGAGAAUCUGGGAGGGCGUCGGAAAACCAGUCAACUGGGAAGCCGAUGUGGAUUCGCUGACAGAGAAGAUUGCAACUGUCAGGAAUGAUGCCGCAGCUUUAAAACAGCUUUACAUCACUUUCUUCUUCAAGGAUUCAAAAACAGGAGAAGUCGUAGAGAACGCACAGCCAUACCUGGAAGCAUAUGAGGCAAGCGACACCAUGUCGCUUGAGCAAGUCAUCGACCGCAUCGCCCAAGACCUCAAAGCGAGCCUCACGACGGAACCGCAACGGGAUACCCACAGGAGCCGCCUUGAUGAGCUGCGCAGAGCAAAGAUGGCCUUUGAGCAGAACAGGCUGCAGAAUAAGAGUCGAGCCCAAGCAAGCCAGACGCCAGCUAUCUCUGAUUACUUGUACGACCUACCACCAUGUACUGUUUGCGCAAAGCCGAUGGACCCGAAGAAUGUCCUUUCAUGUCCACUUUGCCAAGCACUGGUCCAACUCGGUGGCCAACAAAAGAUGACGGUUUACUGCUCGGAUAAAUGCCUAGACAAGGGCUUUAACGACCAUGUUGAUAAGGAGCACGACUGCGAGGCGGGAGAUAGAUGUGUGCAAUACGACUACGAGGACACAGAGAUGGGAGAGGAUACAACAUCCAAGGCGGUGGUUUGCAAGGAUUGCAUCGACCAGUGCGACAUAAGAGAACAAGGGUCGGUAGAGGGUGAUGGGAAAGUUGCCGUAUACUGCUCAAUAGAAUGUGCAAAGCCGAACAUUGGGAGACACAGAGAAGGCAAACACAUGACAUCGAUUGCUGGUUAUGAGGUCAGCAACCUUGCGUUACCACUUUGGGAGACAGCUGAAAAGAUAUUGAAGGAGGGGAACCCGGGUUUGAAGUUCUCACUGGUCGAGUGA